UGCUGUUACAGAGGUAUAGAUGUAAAGGAUGAGGUGGGGUUGGUGAUGGGCCUGAUGCUGGAGGAGAUAUAUGGUAUAGUUAUACCCAGAGUUAGAGCACCUGUCUGUGGGGUGUUUCACUAAUUACCAUAACAAUGUGUGGUUUAGUGUUCCCUGUGUCUGUUACUGUUGUUGUUGUACACUGCUGAUGGAGAGGUGGUUUUAACAAUGGGAAACAAGGAAAGCUCCUGUAGCAUGCUUCCAGGACAGGCUUACACGACGAAGGUGUCACAACAUUGGAAUCACAGCCGAUUCUGACUCCGGAUGAGACAAAGUCGUACGGAAAUACGAAGGUUGCACAUGUAUCUUUAACCGAAGAUUCUGAGAUUUUAGAUGUCAUGUACAUCUCACAACCUUAUCAAGUGAUUAAGUGGAGACACUUUGAAAAGUAAAGAUUAUCGGAUACCUUGGGUCUGUGAUAUGAGUGUGGGGAGGUACCAAUGACUAAUGUGUUGGAAUUCUACACUGACAUAAGCUGUGGUGUAGUAGUGUAAACCAUUUGACACAUUCUCUGGGUACAUUUAGAGAUAUAUCAGUUGAUGUCGCCCGCUGGUGUCAUAGUUCUCUUGAUAUCAUACUUAUCGUUAACGUUGUCGUUGACGUCGCCCCACAGUGUUAUUGACGUCACCCCUGGGUGUCUGUAGUUCUGGGGGUGAGGCACGAUGGUUUGGAUAAUAUACACGGCAAACCCCAACCCCCAGACAUCUUCUCCCGACCUCUCAGGUCGGCCGAGGUCAGAGUCGGAACCCAACAGAACUCCCUCAUGGGAGGAAGAACAGGUUCAGUGUGGAAGUAUCCUCGUGUCACAAGGCGAGCGAACCAGUAAAGUCAAGUCCAGCAUCUUACUCGCACCUACCACACCAGACAAACGCAACAAGAAGACGACCAAGCAUGCACUGACCAUCGCCUCCAGUUUUGGGCACGUUCACUCCUUCCUACGAGAUGAUGAUGUUGUUCUGAAUGAACUGGAGAAAAAAGAUGCUAACAAUAAAUGUUUGAUGCUGAUAAAGAAACCAAAGUCAGGUGCUAAACAGAUGCUGAAGUCACAGAGCUGGGCUAAUCUGAGUGUGUCCGACUCCAACCUGUACAAACAGUUGGACGGAACUUACCAUAGCGAUGGCCGCCGACACGCAAAGUAUAGGAUGCGGAGGAAACAGUCCGAUCUCCAGCAGGUGUCGACGGAGGACAACCUAAAUCUACAGCUGUCCAACGGUAUAGCCGAUCACUCCAACAACAACGUGCUGAUGAAUACCUCAGAGAAGGAGAACCACUGGAGAGACGAACCAGACGACUGGAGGUCAGAGGUCAUGUCGGAACGAUCCUACCAAUCCAGUACCCUGUCUCAUUCACAGUCACAGUACAGGCAAAGGGAUGGCCAAUCAAAUCACAGGACACAAAACUAUGGUGCAAGGGAGAUAAACAAUAAUAAGAAAUUGACUAAUGGCAAUCGCAUGUAUAGUAGUCAUAAUGAUAUUUAUUCCCAUUCGAAGCCGUCACGGAUGUUCGAGAAAGACAGCGUAGAUGAAAGUUGUGCAUUAAAAAGUGAUGAGUUGUAUAGGCCAGUUCGGAGGGAGGCUGACAUUAAGGAGGAAGAGCCUCUGUCUGACCAGGUGUCAAGGGCACACAGUCUUGGUGACUUGACAACAGGUUUGACACUGUCUCUUGUUGGGCAGCGAAAAUACGAAAGUUCUCAGCAUGUAGCAGGUAUGAAACAGGCAUUCACACUGCCCAAGGACACCACCAAAUCACCAGAGGAUAUUAAGUGCAAGUUACUAAAUUCUAAAACGGAUACAAAAAAGGAGGUAAAGGAAAAUAUUGCAAAUAACAAAGAAUCGGUCAUCAGUAAAAGUGAGGCUAAUGUGAAUAGUGUUGUGCCUCCAGCCAAGCCACGUCGCUCACUUCCCUUAGUGCCAAGAGGAAGCGAUGUGUCUGAGAAGAAGAAACAUUACACGGAAAUGGUGAGACAGCGUAUCAACGUACACAGCAGUAUGAGUGGGUCUUCGUCCCGUCAGUCUGUUAACACACCCCAGUCCACCAGUGACCAAUCAAAACGCGUCAGUGGCACGCCGUCUGACCGUGAAGUAUCAGACCUUCUAGACUCGCAAUCACCAAACUCCUCACCAAAAUCGUCACAGCCGAAAGAGAGUCAAAAUGGCAAGUUGGAGAAUAUAUCGGAAAACAGGGCAUCAGCACCUGUUGAUAAGCGUAGCAAUCAGACUUUAGAUACAUCUGACUAUGAGGGUGGACAUUACGCUACGAUGCCCUCUAGUGUGAGAGGUGAAUCUGGAGUAACAACAGUGACCUCAGUCAGUAGUACGGCAGAUUCGGGCUAUUCUACCAAUGAUCCUGAAAACGAUGUGUAUUCUUCAUCCUCUUAUUCAAAAAGUCUACAAAAGUUUGCCCAGAGCUUGUACUCCAAUGGGAAAGGCUACGGUGGUAGUCAUAGGCGUGACUCUACCAGUCAAAGGGAGACUGUCGACUUUAACUCACCCUUCAGUCCCCCUAACGCCACCAGUAGUCCUACCAAAGUAAACGCUCCUCCCUUCCCUAGUGCAAACAACAGUGACAGCAAAUUAAACACUAAAGCUUACGAGCAAAACAGAAGACAUUCUUCAGUGAUGAGAUCAGUCUCAAAUGGUGACCUUGACCCUGGGGUCAGGCCAGUGUCUUAUGGUGCAGGCAGUCCCCCAACUGCCAUGGGUAACCUGUCUGUCUACAAUGCUGUCCCAGUGAAUAGGGCACCAAGGACGGACAAUUCAUACAACCAGGCAUCAUCUGGGACAAGGGGACGCAACUCUAUUUCAUCACCACCAAGGGGAAAUAAAUCUGUUGUGUCUCCGCCAAACAGACAGGGCGUAAAAAGUAACAUGGGACAGAAUUUUGUGUUGCCAAAUCAACAUGUGUCACCUGCUCAAAGGGGGCAUAACUCUGUAAUUUCUCCAACAAAUCGACAUGUGUCACCUGCUCAAAGGGGGCAUAACUCUGUAAGUUCACCAACAAAUCAACAUGUGUCACCUGCUCAAAGGGGGCAUAACUCUAUAAGUUCACCAACAAAUCAACAGGUGUCACUUACUCAAAGGGUGCAUAAUUCUGUCAAUUCACCGACCAAUCGCCAUGUUUCACAAGUGCAAAGAGGUCCAAAUUCUGUGAGUUCUCCAGCAAAUCGCCGGAUUUCACCUGCACAGAAAGUGUAUAAUUCUAUGACAUCACCCCCAGAUCACUUUAAACCGGUGUCUGCUUGGAACAAUGUCACAAAAGUAAUACCUCCUUCUACUAACAGCAAUAAUGGUGUUUAUCAGGGACAUUUUAAAACGAUACAAGACAGUCAGAAUCGUCCCAGUCAACAGGGUGGUAACCCGUUUCUCAGGAACAGAGAGCCCUCGGCUCACCAAGGUAAAGACACUGUGACAGACUACAGAUCAAGGUCACCCAGGUCAGAGCGGCAGAGGUCACCAAGGUCAGAAAGGCAAAGGUCACCGAGAUCAAUUAUAUCGCCUAAAAGUGAACCACCCAGGAUUAUGGAUUACCCUGUAAAUGCCCUGAGCUUGAACUUGAAGCACACACGUGUACAGCAGCAUAAUAGCUCAGCUGGCCAGCCGGGUCACUCAACUGUGACACGACCUAUGAAAGCGAAAGGUACACAUCCGGCGGCAUCACAUUAUGAUACAUUGCCUGGCAACUUCAAGUUCAAUACAAGAUCUGAGGAAGAUAGCAGUAAAUAUGUCAGUAUGCCAUGUCUUUUCCAGAUUCUUCAGUCACAUGAUCUGGCCUCCGUCCGCAUUACCAUUGAAGACAAAUCAGUGUUUUUUAAUAACUUGAGAUUGUGUGAGUGCUCUGUUGCUCUACCUGUGCUACGCAAAUUGCCAAAGAAAGACAACUCUCUUCCCGUUUCACCUCAGGGGAAGUAUGCACAGUUGGGUGGACCUGGCAGUGCAUUUAAACCGGUGAAAAUUCCCACCAAUAUUGUUUCCUUUACCAUGGUAGCCGUAGCUGAUGUUUCUAGGCAACUCAACCAGUACUGUGAUGUUGGAGAGCUCUGCAAAGGGGACAUAAUCAUAGAGGUAAAUGAGAGUCUUGUGAUGGCGGACUCUGUGUCUGGUAUAAAGGCGCGGAUACAGGAGGGGCCAGAGGAGUUUGUGUUCACCGUCGCCAGGGCGAGGUCCUCUACACCUACCCAGGUAACCAAGAAUCAAAAAGAAUCUCCACCUGAGUUGGACAAUCUGAGGAAACAGCUGGAGUCCAUGAAGCAGGAACUCAAACGAAAGGAGCGUGCAAUCCGAGAACUCAAUGCCAUGUUACCAUGGAAACCGGAAACCGAAACAGUCAACGGAACAACAGCCAAAGAGGUCAACGGCAACUACGCCAGUGAUUCUUUAGUCAGUGGGCUCAGUGAGGAUGAAUUUAUCGUGUAAAAUUGGCCGGGAGUAUUGUUUGUACUGAACAUUCUUGCCCAGUGAACGCCUGAUAUUUUGUUUUAGAAUAUACCUAUAUGUAAGCAAUAUCAAGUUCAUCUCUAUAACAUAUGUAACAGUGAUCUGUUUAUUGGCAAUAUUGAGGUCAGUUCGUGGAAUUGUUCACUUUGUAUUUCAGUAGAAACUUGUUAAAGAUCUGAAAUACUAUCUAGACUGAUGGAAAAUGCUGUUUUUAUAUGGGAGUGUUAUACCAUUGUAUAAUGUCUUGUAAUAAGCCCGGGAUUCAACACUUAAUCUCUAACUCAAAGAAGUGGGGGUGGACCUAUAACAGGAUAUUAUUGGGCGGGCUUAUUACCAAGCAUGGGCUCAUUGCUGGAUACCUAUGUGAAUGGUGUUUCUUAGGGGUGUCAUUCUACCUCAUAAAAUCAUAUUUCAUGAAGAGAUUUCUAAGCAAUAUAAUAAAAUUAUGAUGAUGAGUAUGUGUAUGUGUGUGUACUUGAGAGGCAAUUGUUGACGAAUAUGUCGGGAGUACGAGAGACCUGUCAUAUUUCAAUUCCUGGUAACUACCAUUACGGUAGCAUUACAAUAUCCCCUGUCAUAUCAUAACAAUGUAAAUCAGCAACUUAUGACAUCCUAUCAUCCAAGUAUACAACGAUUCUCUCUGUACUUUAAAACUGGAACUUUUUGCAGUGAAAAAACCCCAAAUACCAAUAUUUAUUACUAGAAUAUAUUAUUUACAGCUUUAGAAUAUAGAGAUUUCAGAACCAAUACUGACAGGAACGUUUCAACACUGCAUUCAGUUUAAUGAGUCGCAACAGGGACAUUCCGCAUGCCAAGUUUCCACUGAUCCCAGUAUGCCACAUCAGGGGUCCUGUUCCGAUGACCUUUACUGUAACCUAUCAGCGCCACACCAGGGGUCAUGUUCUGAUGACCUUUACUGUAACCUAUCAGCGCCACACCAGGGGUAAUGCUCUGAUGACCUUUACUGUAACCUAUCAGCUCCAUCACAUUUCUGCGUAUUUUGAAUCAAGGUUAUUCAUAUGUAUCCGAGAUCAUAUGUAAUGUAUUAACCCAUUCACCCCUGAAUUCACAUUUGAACCUUACCAAAUCAAAGUCUGGGCAAGUCCAGUUUAGAUAUGUAGGGGUGAAUGAGUUAAAGUUCACAAGAUCCUGGCCCCUGAUGUCCUCAAACUUUAUAAAGUAACAUUUUAGUCAAGUUGGUGAAUCCACUCAAAGAAGGAGAGCUUUAAUUACUAGAGAACUUUAAGCCUGGACCUUAAAAUAGCAACCGUAAUGCUGAUGGGUACAUUUUUUGUAGCCUAGUUAGGAUUACUUUACAAAAGAAGUAUAUUCAUGUUUUAAUUGAAUCCUGUUUUAUAAACUUGACUGUAUUAAUUGCAUUUAUAUCAAUAGUUAGGACUGUACAAUGCAUUUUAUUGCAAACCCAAAGUAAACAGAACUAACAAUUAUAAGGUCGAAAUGUUUUAACCAAAAUUUGAUAAUUCUAUUAAAUGGGCAUUUCACUGGAUUUUAUUUAAGUUGGAGUUAAGAGUCCUUUUAACACAAUUAUGAAAACAUAACUCUAUAAAACAUUUAAUCCAAAUAUCAUUUUUAUAAAAGGUCAGGACACUCAAUUUUAUCUGAGAUUUAUUUUAAAGUACAUAUCUGCCUCCUGAACUAUAUAAAAAGGGAGAUAACUGGAAAAUUAUAAAGGUAAAAUGAAAAAAAUGAAAAAUUAUGAAGUUUAAUUCUGACAUACAAGUCUUUGGAUCAUACCUGCUCCAGCAGAGUUGGAUAGGUCAUAAAUUUUAAUUAUAUUUGUAAAAGUUAAACAGAUCUUUUUAUCAUAUUUUUAAAAGUGAAACAGAGGUCUUUUAUUUUUAUUUUAUUAAAGUGAAACAUUUAUGCCCAGGAACACCUACAAACCAGUUGAUGGUACAUCUCAUUUUAGAAGUAGAUGAAUGAGAAGUAAUAGUUGUUGUUCUUAUUUCUUUAAAAUGUAGUAGAACUUACAGACUUUUGAUAACAAGAUUAUUUAGUACCUGAGAAAUGAACAGAAUGAAUUUUAAUAAAAUCGGAAAAAACCUAUAGCUUGCAUUUAGAAAAUGAAAUGGCAAAACUUAUAUACCCAUUGAAUCUAUAAAGUAGAGAGUUUCAUGUCCAAUGGAAGCUGAGUAUUUAUUUCUUUGCAUUUUUUUUUUAAACAGAAUUGUUCUUCUUUGCCCAUGUACACAUACUACAAUGCGAUGUUUAUGUUUAUACAGAUUUAUAGAAAUACUAUUAAAUGGUGCUUAUGAACUUACAGUACACAGUCUGUAUGUUUAACUGUUUGUUAGCUCUGAAAAUGAAAAAUCCACUGCCUUGCAUCCCCCUGUAGACAAUGGAUCCAACCUUUCGUUCAUUUUGGUUGCUUCCUAUUUAGGUGCCAAGGGAUGACAGGGUUUUAUUUUGUUUUCAAGUAGAAAUAUUUCUGUUCACUUAUAACAAAGUAGUUUUGUAUUUAUUACAUUUUGUACAUAUUUAUUUUUGUAUGUAUCAUGUCCAUUUCUGCCAUAUUUGAAUUUCUAUAAGUAAAAGAAAUUUCAGAUUU